CAAGUCCUAAGACACGCCGUGACUUGUCUACUUUAUAACUAAAGGUGUGAAAGGAUAUGGGGUUCAAAUUAAUGUUCUCAGCAGCAGGCUGUUACACCCCUGGCAAUGCUCUCGUCGCCGUCACCGAUGACGCCUUUCUCACCAAUGCGACCAUGUGCCUAACAGAUUAAAGAUGGCGUCCGGACAGCAAUGGGUGUUAGUUGAGAUGGUGCAGGCUUUCUAUGAGGCCCCUGCUUACCAUCUAAUAUUAGAGGGAAUUCUCAUAUUAUGGAUUAUCCGACUCCUGUUCUCAAAGACAUACAAAUUGCAGGAGAGAUCAGAUCUCACAGAAAAGGAAAAGGAGGAGCUAAUUGAAGAGUGGCAGCCUGAAGCGCUUGUGCCUCCUGUAUCGAAGGACCAUCCGUCCCUCAACUAUAACAUAGUUAGCGGCCCUCCGAGUCACAAAAUUAUUGUCAAUGGGAAGGAGUGCAUUAACUUUGCAUCGUUUAACUUUUUGGGCCUCCUGGACAAUGAGCGCGUUAAGAAACAAGCUCUGUUGUCUCUUAAAAAGUAUGGGGUUGGCACAUGUGGACCAAGAGGAUUUUAUGGGACUUUUGAUGUCCACCUGGAAUUAGAAGAUCGUUUGGCGAAAUUCAUGAGAACAGAGGAAGCGAUCAUCUAUUCCUAUGGCUUUGCGACGAUAGCCAGCGCCAUCCCUGCGUAUUCCAAGAGAGGCGACAUGGUGUUCGUAGACGAGGCGGCCUGUUUCUCCAUCCAGAAGGGACUGCAAGCCUCGCGCAGCUUAAUCAAGUACUUCAAACAUAAUGACAUGGAAGACUUGGAGAGGCUGCUGAAAGAACAGGAAGUGGAGGAUCAGAAGAAUCCACGAAAAGCCCGUGUGACCCGGAGAUUCAUCGUGGUGGAAGGCUUGUAUGUGAACACUGGUGAUAUUUGUCCUCUUCCCGAUCUGCUGAAGCUGAAGUACAAAUAUAAGGUUCGCAUUUUCCUGGAAGAAAGCUUGUCGUUUGGGGUUCUGGGAGAUCACGGUCGAGGGGUCACUGAGCACUUUGGGGUCAACAUUGAUGACAUUGAUCUUAUCAGUGCAAACAUGGAAAACUCCUUGGCUUCUGUUGGUGGCUUCUGCUGUGGAAGAUCCUUUGUCAUAGACCAUCAGCGCCUGUCCGGCCAGGGCUACUGCUUCUCUGCCUCCCUGCCGCCGAUGCUGGCCGCGGCUGCCAUCGAGGCCCUCGACAUCAUGGAGGAAGACCCCGAAAUUUUCACCAUCCUAAGGGAGAAAUGCAAACAUGUCCACAAAGCCCUGCAAGGGAUCCCUGGUCUGAAGGUGGUUGGGGAGCCAUUCACCCCAGCUAUCCAUCUGCAGCUGGAGAGGAGCUCUGGAUCCAGGGACCAUGAUGUUAAGACGCUGAAGAGCAUCGUAGAUUAUUGUAUGGACAGGCAGAUCGCGCUCACUCAAGCUCGCUAUUUGGACAAAGAGGAAAAGUUUCUCCCUCCACCGAGCAUCCGGGUCGUGGUGACCGUGGAGCAGACGGAGGAGGAGAUCGACAGAGCGGCGGCCUCAAUCAGGGUCGCGGCCACCGCCGUCCUGAAGUAGCCUUUCGGCGACCGAUGCCACAUGGAUUGCCGCCGAUCAUCCUCGGUUUUGGGGAGCUCCUCCAUCCCUGUGAGGGGGUGGGGGCCAAGGGAUUGGGAAGGGUAGCUCCACAUUAAUGUGCCCUACAUCGUUCGUAACUUCAAAGGGUGCCAGUCAGGGGUUACUAUAUUGACAAGAUGUGCAUCCAUGACAAGUUCAACUUGGUAACAUUGUAUCUAUAAUUAGUAGUUUUUUCUAUUGUUACACUAAGACCAUCUUAAUUUCAUGUUUGUCACUUAUAAAAAAUAAAUUUUGACUUUAAUGUGA